AUGGAGGAUGAUGUUGUGAAGAAUGAUGACUAUGAAGAGGAGGAGGAGGGUGAUGAUGAAGGUGCCCUGGGUAGCUCAGAGCCAGUGAAGCACUGCUGCCCGCAGCCUGGCUCCCGGCCCUUCGUCUGUGGUGACUGUUGCAAGAGGUUCAGCUGGAAUUCUGACCUCAUCCGGCACCGCCACACCCACACUGGAGAGAAAGCUUUCACCUGUGCUGACUGUGGACAGAGCUUCACCCGUCGCUCUCAUCUCACCCCGCACUACCUCAACCACAGUGGAGAGAGGCCCUUCGCUUGUGACAGCUGUGGCAAGCGGUUCAGGGAGAACUCUCAUCUUAGGCAACACCACCUCACCCACACCAGUGAGAAGGCCUUCACUUGCAGAGAUUGCAACAAGAGCUUCAAAACCAGCUCCUAUCUCACCAUCCAUUGCUGCAUCCACAUUGGAGAGCAUCUGUUCCCCUGUGAUGAGUGCGGCAAGAGCUUCACCAGGAGCACCGCAUUAAUCCAGCACCAACUCAUCCACAGCGGUAAGAAGGCCUACAGCUGUGCCGACCACGGCAAGCACUUCACGAUGAAGGGAGACCUCACAAAGCACCAUCCUGUGCACACUGGUGAAAAGGCGUUCGCCUGUGCUGACUGCAAGAAGAGCUUCUGCCACAGGAGCACUCUCAUUUACCACCAGCGCACCCACACCGGUGAGAAACCUUUCACCUGUGCUGACUGCGGGAAGAGCUUCAGCCGCAGCAGUAAUCACAUUUGCCACCGCCGCACCCACACCGGUGAAAAGACGCACAUGUGCUGA